UUGAAAGUGUUGUGAAGAGCGGGGAAAGGGGUCCGCGAGCGCUAAAAGAGUACAAAGUACGGGUGGCAGCGUUCCUCGUCUGCGACGAAGCACGGUGGACGAAGGUAGAUGAAGCUGACCGCUAAAAUGGCAUUGAAAGGUGAGAUGGAUUGAAGCAGGCAGUGGGCGGGGAAGCACCACAUGGUUUCUGCCACAACCAUAGCCAUGAUGACACGAACCUCAGCAAGGGAUCGUACCCUCGAGUACGGCGCACUACCCCUUCCUCUCAUGCAUGAAACUGGAAAGGACAGUGGUGACUGUCUCUCUGACGGCAUCGGGGGGUUCUCGAAGAGCUCGACAAUAAGCUUUCCUGAUGUUUAGAUGUUCUGUAUCGAAGUCUAAUGGAUAGGAUUAGUUCUGAUAUAUAGCUGAAGCUGAAGUAAGAAUCAUUAGGAACGCUGAUCGACACAGUGUUCCUCGCGUGGAUCUUUCUUUGCCUGUGCUAUGGAGAAGAGCCGAGGGAACGGGAGCAAGGAGAUGGUUCUUCCUGAGGAACCAUUGGAGAUUAAGUUGGCAGUGAUCGAUUAGCCACGGGGCGUGUCCGCCUUGCAUGUCCUUUUGCACGGCCGCACCACCCGACACCACCCCGCCCCUAUCCCGUCCUCUGCGUCCUUUUCCCUGCUCAUCCCACCUCACCACAUGCCCCUGUCCGUCCCUCUCACCUCUCCCACUUUGCCUCGCUUGCUAGCAUUCAUAACCCCGCCGACCUUCCUCUCUUUCUCAUGCUCUCGAUCUCUCGGCCUCUCGUCGUGGCGUGAGCGAGCGCAGCAUAACAAACAUGGUGAUUAAGAAGCAGAACAAGCCGCCUCAGACCGCGGUGCUGAGGCAGAUACUGAGGCGGUGUUCGGGCUCGGGGAGGGAGAAGGAGGAGGAGGAAGGGCUGCCGGUGGACGUGCCCAAGGGCCACUUCGUCGUCUACGUCGGCAAGAACCGGAGCCGCUUCAUCGUGCCCAUCUCCUACCUAGACCACCCCGAGUUCCAGGCCCUCCUCCGCCAGGCCGAGGAAGAGUUCGGCUUCGAGCACCAUAUGGGCCUCACUAUCCCAUGCGACGAGGUGGUCUUCCGCUCCCUCACCUCUGCCCUCAGGUGAAGUGGAAGUCAAGACCAAGCGCAGCAGAGGAGGCGACUCUGCUUCUGCUGACCUUUACGAUCAUCUCUCUCUCUCUCUCUCUCUCUCUCUCUCUAGUGUGUCUAGUCUACAUCCAAUCCAAACAUGGCCAUUGUUCAUGGUGUUCUUUUUGUGAUACAUCAUCAUACCAUAAAAUCACAUAUGCACUUUUCUUCUGCUCGAGGAGAUGAACGAUGCUCAGCAGCCCAUGUCGAAGCCUCCAUCACACCAUGAAUGAGCUUUUGUACCCAAACAGUCACUUCCCUCGUGCUGAUCAACCAUGCUCUCCAGCGUCUAUGAGACAAACUCUAUAUCUGGUAUUGAGAGAGGGGGAGACGUGCAGCCAAUCAUUCACACAAGGAUACGCCGGACAUGUGAGCAUGUAAUCACGCAAAGCAUUACGAUGAGCUCGUAAUCACAAGGGCAACGUAGCGGUGGGAAGGGAACGAGACGAAAGGAGGAGGGUCCAUGUACUUACUAC